AUGGAAGACCAAAGUGGAAGCUCCGGACCUAGAGUAAGCGACAAACGUUUGGCUCAAACUCAAGCCAAAGUCGAUGAAGUGGUUGGCAUUAUGCGCGUUAAUGUCGAGAAAGUAUUGGAGAGGGACCAAAAGUUGUCAGAACUAGACAACCGAGCUGAUGCUUUACAGCACGGGGCAGCGCAGUUUGAGCAACAGGCUGGAAAACUGAAACGAAAGUAUUGGUGGCAGAAUCUGAAAAUGAUGCUAAUUAUCGGAGCUAUCGGGGCAGUUCUACUUAUCAUAAUCAUUGUGUGGGCAACAUCCGGGUCAGGCGGCGGCUCUAGCCCCGCUCCCGCCCCGCCUGCUGUCACUGAAACUCCAGCCAACUCUGGACGAUAG